UUCCUAAACCCAAUCCCGAAUUCCCCAAAGUCCCCGAGACAAAUCGCCCUCGCGUUAGGUUAGGCCGAGGCGAGUAGAUUCGGUUUCUAGCUCAGCAACGCGGCGGCCAUGGAGGACGAAGAGCACGAGGUGUACGGCCAGGAGAUCCCCGUCGACGGCGAGGACGUCGACAUGGGCGCCGGGGGCGACGACGCCGCCAAGGUUCGUGAUGCGCCCGUCGCCGCCGCCGCGACUCGCUCGGCCCCUUUCUCCCUGACCCCAAACCCUAACGCCGGCACUGACCCUGUCCGUGUCCAGCUGCACGAGCUCGACGAGAUGAAGCGCCGUCUCAAGGAGAUGGAGGAGGAGGCCGCCGCCCUCCGCGAGAUGCAGGCCAAGGUCGCCAAGGAGAUGCAAGGCGGAGAUCCUAAUGCGACCACAUCUGAAGCAAAAGAAGAGAUGGAUUCUCGUUCUGUUUUUGUUGGAAAUGUUGACUAUGCAUGCACUCCAGAAGAAGUGCAGCAGCAUUUUAAUUCGUGCGGAACCGUCAACCGAGUGACUAUCCUGACCGACAAGUUUGGGCAGCCUAAAGGUUUUGCUUACGUUGAAUUUGUUGAAGCAGAAGCUAUUCAGGAAGCUGUCAAGCUGAGUGAGUCAGAGCUUCAUGGUCGGCAAAUCAAGGUAGCGCCGAAGCGAACUAACGUUCCUGGGUUGAAGCAGCCCCGAGGGGGCCGAGGAUUCAACCCAUAUGGCGGCCACCCCUACAUGAGGCCAUAUCCUCCACCGUUUUACAAUCCUUAUGGUGGUUAUGGGAGAGCUCCCAGGUUCCGCCGUCCGCGCAGGCCCUUCUACUAAGUUGUGGCUCUACUGGAGUUCUGUCAACACAUGACAACACUAGUCUUCAAUCGAUCUUAAGCCAGUCACCAGAGAACUCAAAUCCUUGCACCGUGUUUCAUUAUUUCACAGAAGGAUAUGGGAUGGUUGUUGUGUAAUCUACUGUGUUGUGUUGAAAAAUGUUUAAGCCACUACAUGCACCAGCAUUAUGUACUAUUUGACUUUAGUAAUCAAGUCAUACGACAUACUAUGCCUGAACUGUACUA